UUGCAAAACCGUACAACUCUUCAAAUCAAAGAACAUGGUUUGGAAAUGGAGCCUUUUUCUGCUGUGCCUUGUACUCUCACAAGGAAGAUCGGAAAGUAAAUCUUUAUUAAAUUUUAAGAAUCAAGAAAAAUUGGAAUAUAUUCAACAGGACCCCUUGGCCGACAUUCAUAAGCAAGUGACGGAUAAACUAAAGACUUUUCUGGAGAAUUUCACUGGUCAUUGGCAGGAUAACACAGAGUUUCUCAACUGGAUUUCAAGAAUUCGUUCUGCAGUGAGAAAUAACAAGACUGAACUAGCCGAAAAAUUCGCCAUACAAUUUGGCUUUGAGGCGUACAAUAUUGAACGCUCGAUCCUGGAGCUGCAAAUCUCGGAUCGUAUCGAGGAAUUGGAUAGCAUUAUUCCGCAGCAGAAAGUUGAGAAAUGUUUGGAGUUUUAUGUAAAUCAAAAAACCAUUCUCAAAAAAUCUCUGAAGCAAUCGAAUGCGAAGAAAUUGGAAAAGUUUUCGGCAAACUCGAUCUCUUGCCCAUACUAUCAUUAUGAAUAUCUCGACUACUUGAAGAUACUGGAUGAAAUUCAAACAAGGCAGAAAGUCCUUUAAUUAUGUUUUUUGGGCCUUUAACAUGUAUUUUUUUUGGGCCUUUCAUAAAAAUCACAGAGUUGUGAUUAAAUAAAUAGUGUGCAUUCCAA